AUGGGGACUUUAACCCACUGCAAUUACCGGGACUCUAACCAACUAUCCAAUUACCGGGACUCUAAGCCACCAUCCAAUUACAGGGACUCUAACCCACUAUCCAAUUAUGGGGACUUUAACUCACUAUCCAAUUACCGGGAGUCUAAGUCACUAUCAAAUUACAGGGACUCCAACCCACUAUCCAAUUACCGGGAGUCUAACCCACUAUCCAAUUACAGGGACUCCAACCCACUAUCCGAUUACCGGGACUCCAACCCACUAUCCAAUUACCGGGAGUCUAACCCACUAUCCAAUUACAGGGACUCCAACCCACUAUCCAAUUACAGGGACUCCAACCCACUAUCCAAUUACCGGGACUCCAACCCACUAUCCAAUUACCGGGAGUCUAACCCACUAUCCAAUUACAGGGACUCCAACCCACUAUCCAGUUACCGGGACUCUAUCCCACUAUCAUGGGGCUGGAUACCCAGAUUUGGGACUCUAACCGCUUUCAAUCAAGGACUGGAUAUCUUUCUGAAUUCCUGA